CUCAAUUGGGACCUUCCAUCAGGAGCCGCAGAUGGCGUUGCGAAUCAUCCAUCAGUGGAUCCGUCCGAAUCUGGAGUAAAGGUGAUCGUAAGAAUGCGCCCCCUCAACAAAAAGGAGGCUGCUGAGGAGGCCACAAAUGUCGUGCAAAAAUUAUCUGGUGACUCCCUGUCGCUUGGUGACCAGCAAUUCACAUUCGAUUCUGUGGCAGGUGAAACUGAGUCUCAGGAAGCUGUUUUUGAAAUGGUGGGUCGACCCAUGGUGGAGAACUGCUUGGCUGGAUUCAACAGUUCCAUCUUUGCCUACGGCCAGACAGGAAGCGGUAAAACGCAUACCAUGUGGGGUAUCCUGCCUACUUCAGGGACGGAUGCAAGUGUAACAGAGGAGCGUGGUAUCACACCACGUGUGUUCGAACAGCUGUUUUCCCGCAUCCAGCAGGAAGAGCGGAACAAUGUGGAGAAGCAGCUGCGAUAUCAAUGCCGCUGCUCGUUCCUUGAGAUAUACAACGAACAAAUUACAGAUCUACUGGAGCCGACCCAAAAGAAUCUCCUGAUCAGGGAAGACACGAAGACCGGUGUUUACGUGGAGGGGUUGACGGAAGAGUAUGUGUCGAACAUGGAUGACGUGAUAAGCCUUCUCGUUCGGGGCUCCGCGAAUAGAAGAGUCGGGUCAACAGCGAUGAACAACGAGAGUUCGCGGUCGCACAGCGUGUUUACUUUUGUGAUCGAGUCUCGAUCCAAGAGUGUUGCGGAGGGUGUGAGCAGUGUGAGAACAAGCAGAAUGAACUUGGUAGAUUUGGCGGGCUCGGAAAGACAAAAGCAGACAGGGGCUGCCGGAGAUCGUUUGAAAGAGGCUGGCAACAUCAACAAGUCGUUGUCUCAACUUGGGAACGUGAUCAACAUCUUGGCGGAAGUAGCACAAAGUGGGAAACAUCGUCAUAUCCCGUACCGGAGUUCGAGGCUGACGUUCCUUCUUCAAGAAUCACUGGGCGGCAAUGCGAAGCUUGCGAUGAUAUGUGCCAUCUCUCCAGCCAGCAGUUGUCGGACUGAGACGCUGAGUACACUGAGAUUUGCUCAGAGAGCGAAAGCUAUACAGAACAAAGCAGUAGUGAACGAAGAACUUGGUAACGAUGUGAAUCUGUUGCGUGAACAGAUCCGUCAACUGAAGGAUGAACUCAUGAGGAUGAAAUGCAAUAGUAUUCAGACUGAAGGUUCUGCUGGAGGACUGUCUAGUGGAUGGAAUGCCCGUCGCAGCUACAACCUUCUGAGACUGAGCUUGGGACAGCCCAUGACUAUCGCUCCGAAUGAAAUAAAAGAAACUGACAUGCCGCUCGAAGAGAAGAUUGGUGAGGAUGAGUUCUUUGAUGCUAAUGCAGGUGACAAGUUACUUGCCUCUGAUGUGGAUGUGGAGACUAAGGAGCUUUUGACGAAGGCUGAACUCAACACUGGGAAGUUCCCAGAUCCGAAUGAGAAGUCGCAGGCAGCCGAUGGAUCCGUUGUAGGUGACGGGAAUGGUCCCGAACUUGCUGCUCAGCGAGAACUUCCUGAGCUUACCCUUAGUCUCGUUGCGCCUACCAUGAGUGUUUCCCCUCGGGUGAAGGAGGGGAAGAAAGAAGAGUUUGGUGUGGACAUCUCUUUUGGAUUGCCGAAAUCCCCUCUAGGACUGCGUAGCAGCAAGGCGUUCUCAUCUUCCACGGGUCAGCUGGCUGCUAGUCUUACUCGUGGCGUUGAAAUUCUUGAGAAUCAGCGUCGACAGUCUAGAAGGUUUUCGGGAGCGCGGUUUUCUUUUCAAAAUGGUGAAUCUCCAAGUUCACCGAAGUGUGAAUCACCUGUGCUUGCAAGAGUUAACAGUAUCGGCAUCAAUCCCUUAUCUCAAGGCACUAGAGAUGUCGUAUUUGCUUCUGAGAAAGAAAAUACCUUCAUUACAACUAAUGGAAUAAAACUAGGGUCCCCUUCUCCAGGGGAACUUUCUCCAUUACCUGAAAUUACUCAGGAGGACUGGAAGCUUGUGCCCUCUACUCCACCUGCUCAAAUGAACAAUGCCCAGGACGUGAGCGCGCUUUUGGCAGGGGCUCUAAGAAGAGAAAAGAUUGCCGAGGAGACCAUUGCGCAACAAGCUGCGGAUUUGGAGCAACUCACUCGCCUGGUGCGACAAUACAAGCAGGAGAGGGAGUAUAAUGCUGUCAUACAGCAAAGCCGAGAAGAGAAGAUUGUUCGGAUGGAGUCCUUAAUGGAUGGUAUUCUGCCUUCAAAAGAUUACUGCACUGAUGAGUUGGCAGCAUUGCAGCUUGAGAACAAGAUGUUACAAGAGAAGUUUAUCCACCAUCCGGAGCUGGCUGAAGCUAAAGCUGAACAAGAACUGCUCCGUCAUGAGCUUAAUCGAUACAAGGCUUUAUGUGAUCUUGAAGCGAGUGAAAAACUUCAACAAGAGAUCGUGCAGCUACGUAACCAGGUCCUACUCUACUUGGAAAAUGGAACCCCUGGCUCUAUGAAGCAACGGCGCCUGUCUCUCACCCCGACUAAGGGAAUCCAACCUUCUUAUAGCCCGAUCAAGCUCAUGUCGUUAACAGCCGUACCAGAAGCAAUGCCUUCAUGUGAGUCUGCGUCCUCUUCCAGGCAACUUGAUGAUGAGCCUCCAGCGUCAACCACAGAGGGACGUGCUGCCGAAUUCUUGGAGCAAGAGCGCGCGGAAUGGGACGAGAGAGAAAAAGAAUUAGUUGCGAUGGUUCAAGGACUGAGGGAAGAAUGUGACCAUUAUAUGAUGUUGGCAGAAAAAAGGCGCAAGGAGCUCGAGGGCGAAAAGAGGUGUACACAGGAGAUGCAUGAAGCGCUUCAGAUGGCUAUGACAGGCCAUGCUCGUAUAUUGGAUCAGUACGCUGAGUUACAGGAGAAACACAUUCUUCUUUUAUCUAAUAUGCGUGAAAUCCGCCAUGGUGUAAUCGAAUACAAGAAAGAAGCAAAGAAUUCUGGUAUGAACUGCGUUGAGGAUCACUGGUUCGAUGUCCAAGCUACUCAGAUUACAUACUUCAAAGUUGAGCAGGAGCGCUUCAAAGAGCAAAUUAGACAACUGCAAUCUCAGCUUGAUGAUACUGCCGAUGCUGUACAAGCUGCUGGGGAGCUUGUGGUACGAUUAAAAGAGUCCGAACGAGCCGCUACCUUGGCCAAGCACACGGCAGCAGUAGCAGAGGAAGAAGCAGAUGAGUUGCGUCGGGAGUUGAAAAAGUCCAACAGGAGGCACUUCAAGGAGAUUGCAUCCCUGCAGCAGCGAUUACACCAGUCCUCAUCAAGAGAUUUAGCUCAUUUGGGAGACGAUGGUGACAACGUCCAAGCUGAGACCGCUAUUAUACCUCAUGUCAUGAAACAGGAUCCUGGAGUUUCUGAAAGCUUGAGUGGUGACACGACUAUCUCAGAGUUUAGUGAUGAUGGUACUUGUGUUUAUGAAAACUGGGAUGUUGGCGCUACGAAUCAUCGAAGCGACGCGCAUGAUAGUGCAUUUGAAGACCAUGACCAUGAUAUCGUGAGGGAGAGCGUAAGGUUUAGCAGAGAUCAAUAUCAGAACCUGAAAAAUCUAGAAAUAAAUUUUGAAGAUGACGAUGGAUUUUUUUGCGAGCAAUGUGGUCAACAAACUACAAACUCAAUGCGAGUUUGCGACUCCUGUAUCUGAUCGGAUUCGACAAUCGACAGCUUAUAGAUCUGAUUAUUGCCUUCUAUCAAAACUCUAUCAAAGCAGCUUUUCAAGGGAGAACAAGAACAGCUCCAAUUUCUCAGUAAUCUACCUGUUUUAUCCUGCCAUCACGAACAGGUGACUGAGGUCAUUGGUGAGGAAUCCAUUGAAUCACAUUUUUCCAGGUUAGUGAAUUGUUUGUUACCUUGGUGUCUUGAUUAGUGAAGCCAUGCGACUGAGAACUCCAACAUCCCACCUGCGAAAACCGUGUCGCCAAAACCUGCUUAUUGACACAGGAAAACUUGACACAAUUUGUACAACAAGCUAAACUUUGGUUUCUCACUUGUAGUGAGGGUAAUAAUAUAGUUUUCCAAACGACUGCGAGAAUCGUAGGGGAGGGCGAAUGCUGCGGCAUCUAUUUGCCAUUUUGUAGCUGUAACUUCUCAGCAUGUCUGAUGGUUUACCUUAGAAGAAAGUGAAUUAGGGUCUCGACACAGACCUGGAUCAGCAUUCCAGCUGAUCAAGUUAAGUUUUGUGUCCUAAUCUGUUCUUUUAAAUUCUAGAGUUCGAUUGUUCUGGUUUUGUCACAUUGAGUAAACUUUCCUUAGUUCCUCUUGUGGCAGUUAUUGUGGUUUUCAUCAGAGGGGUAGAGAGAAUUGCUGACCGAAAGCGCCCGUGUAAAGUAAAUUUCAUUAGUGGAGAGUAGAAAUAGCUGACUUUGUUAAUAUGAGGUCGAAUUUAAGAUCUUUGUCUCUCUAAUUUAUUCAGCACUAGCGAUUGUACUGGAUACCAAAUUUGCAUAA